GAGCUUUAAAUACCAGCCAGAAAGCCCAGGAGCUGCAGGCUGAACUGGCAGCGGCAGGGAACAAGGUCACGACUGAGUCGCUUCUCUCCUUGGGUUAAAAAUGGACUCCUCUAAAGUGUGUGGGUUCCUGAUGGCCAGCUUCCUCCUUCUGGUUCUGCUGUGGGAUCCAACUGCAGCCUGCUCCUGUGCCCCCCGGCACCCCCAAUCUGCAUACUGCUAUGCUGAUGUUGUGAUCCGGGGUAAAUUUGUGGGAGUCAGCAAGCAGCAGGUGAACAUCUCCGUAGGGGAACCAGUGUGGUGGAUGCAACACGAGAUCAAAACCACCAAGGUGUACAAGGGCCCUGAGGAGAUGCAAGAUGUCCGUUUUCUCCACACGCCUGCCAUGGAAAGCCUCUGCGGCUAUGAACACAAGGGCCCUCUCAAAGGAGAAGAAUAUGUCAUUGCAGGCAUGCUGGAAGGUGACCGUGCCAUGAUCACGGCCUGCUCCUUCAUCGAGCCGUGGUCUCAGCUGUCCUUUGCACAGAAGCGAGGCCUGAGUUCAGACUACAGCAAGGGCUGCAACUGCACAGUUGUGCCCUGCAAUUCCAUGCCGUGCUCCAUCACCUCUGACAACCAGUGCCUGUGGACAGAUGGGAUCAUGUCCAGGAUAUGGGAAGGCUUCCAGGCCAAACGCUUGGCUUGCCUGCCCCGGGGUGAAAGCACCGGCCUCUGCACUUGGCAGUCGCUGAGCACCCAAGGGCCUGGCUCCCUUCGCAAAGUUCUCCUGAGGCAGUGAUAUCUUUGUGGACCCUUCCCUUCCUAUCUCUGGAUUGUCUCUUUUUAAAAUAAACGUCAGUUCCAAACCAC